GGCGGGUUGCGGUGUGGCUUUUUCACUCUCCGCAUCGCGAAGAAACGGAGCGAGCGCUCGAUAAUUUUACGGACGGCGGGCGCAGACGAUUGGACGAGGGAUGCCGCAUCCCCUCUAGUGAGAGUCGAGACAAGAGAGAUAAGAAAUGGCAUCGUUAUAAAAGGCGGGGUGCAGCGACCAUGUAGCCAGGCAUCUUCACACGGUCUCUUCCUCCUUUCCUUCCUCUUCCUCUCUUGCACAGAGCACCAUGUCGGCGAUCAAGUCAAACGUCGUCGUCGAGGACCAUGUCGUGCCCAUCGACAAGGAGGCCGAGCGCAAGCUACUGCGCAAGAUUGACCGCAACAUUCUGCCCUGGAUCUGCGUCGCCUACCUCCUCAACUACAUUGACCGCAGCAACCUCGGCAAUGCCAAGACGCUCAACUCGGACAUCAAGGGCGCGAGCCUGUCGGCCACCGUCGACCUCUCGGGCAUCAAGUACUCGGUCGUGGUGGCCGCCUUCUUUGUGCCCUACGUCAUCAUGGAGUUCCCUUCCAACUUUCUCCUCAAGUACUUUUCGCCGUCCAAGCACAUGGCACGCAUCAUGGCUGGGUGGGGCAUCGUCACGGCCUGCCAGGCGGCGGUGACCUCGUACGGCGGCUUGGUUGCCUGCCGCAUCUUCUUGGGUAUUGCAGAGGCCGGAUUCUACCCGGGCGCCAUCUACUACCUCACCUUCUUCUACAAGCCCGAGGAGCGCGCGCAGCGAAUGGCCAUCUUUGCCGGGAGCGUUGCCGUGGCAGGGGCCUUCAGCGGCCUCUUGGCGACGGCCAUCUCGUUCCUCAACGGCAAGGGCGGCCUCUUUGGCUGGCAGUGGCUCUUCAUCCUCGAGGCCAUCCCGGCGCUCCUCAUGGCUGUCUGCAUCUACUUCUGGAUGCCCGACUACCCCGAGACGGCCAAGUUCCUGACCGAGGAGGAGCGCGCACUGGCCGUGUCGAGGCUGAGCCGCCACGCGCCGUCUGCGAGCGAAAAGACCGUCGACUGGCCCCAGCUCCGCCAGACGGUGUUCAACGUCGACUUUUGGCUCUUCAGCCUGGCCUACUUCUUCAUGACCAACAGCCUCAACGCGACGGGCUUCUUCCUGCCCACGCUCGUCUCCUCGCUCGGCUUCAAGGGCUGGCGCGGACAGGCGAUGACGGUGCCGCCCAACGUCUUUGCCUGCAUCGUCAUUGUCGCCAACUCGAUCUGGAGCGACAAGCGGCGGGAGCGCAUCACCCACGCCCUCGGCGGCCUCGUCCUCAUCGGCCUCGGCUACAUUCUCCUGGCUGCGACGAGUCAGGUGGCCCCGCGCAUGGUUGGUGUCUUCCUCAUCGCCUGCACAAACGCAGCAGUGAUUCCCUUUCUCGCGUUCCGGCUGUCGACGGUGUCCGGCAGCACGGCGACGGCCAUUGCUUCAGGCGGCACGAUUGCAUUUGCCAACCUGGGCGGCAUCACGGCGCCCUUUAUCUUUGCGGGCCACGACUCACCGAGGUACAUUAUUGGAAACUACACCGUGUUUGGCAUGCAGAUUGCCGCCGGCCUCGUCAUUCUCCUCCUCUGGUACCGUCUCGGCUCCUCGGCGCUGUACACCGUCGACCAGAAGCAGGCCCAGGCGGCCGACGAGGAGAGCCAGGCGAGCGAGCACAUGCACGGUGCCGUCGCUGCCCUCCCAGCCAGCAAGGAGUCAAGCGAAGAGCGAGAGGAGAGCACGGCCGAAAAGGCCGAAAAGGCAGCAGACAAGUGACGGCGUACCUGUCGCACUGAGCCACAAUUGUAUAUAGAUGCAUAGAUUGAGCAACGACACUGAUGAGCAACGAGCGAGAGAGAGAGGAGUGCAGAUGCAUUGGGGCGAGACUACUCCUCAUCACGCCAUUCGCUGCUGGGGUGGGCAAGGCGAAGACUCAGCUCUGAAGUGGCAGGUCGUAAGCCGGACCCUCACAAACGAAAACGAGGGCUACUUCCUAGGCUCAAUCUGAGGGCUGCACUGAGGGGUGCACUGAGAGCUGCACUGAGGGCUGAAACGAGGGCUGAACGAGGCCCUGUAAGGCGUAGCCAGAGUGGGAGUAGUGGGCACGCGUCUCUUCGGCGACGGCUCGGUCGCCUAGGCGGCCGAGUCAGCGCGACGGCACAGACCGACUCGGGAAACACGGACGAGACAAGACAAAAUCUCAUUUCAAGACCAAACAAGAAAAGAC